AUGAGUGGUGGCACUGGAGCAGGGCCUUUAGUGCCCACUUUCCAUGGCUUCGUAUCGACCACAACGGACGGUCUUAUGUUGUUUGAGGCGUGCUUGAGUGGGAAGCUUCACCAUGUACCCCGCCGGCCGCACGACAGAGAGCGCUCACACCUCAUCAAGAGCGGCAGCAUCUUCAUCUACGAAGAGAACGCAUCAGGCAUCAAGAGAUGGACUGAUGGCGUCGCCUGGAGCCCGAGUCGCAUUCUCGGCAACUUCCUCAUCUACCGCGAGCUCGAGAAGCCAUUCCCACCAGGCGAGAAGAAACGUGCAAUGAAGCGCAAGCGACAAGGUGUUCCAGGUGACCCCUACCCUCGCCGCGACUCGGAUGAGAACGAAGUGGGAGAUCAGAUCACGCCAAUCACUCCUCCAACACCAACCGCGAACGGUGAAGUCAAGUCGGAGCAGCCCACCAGCGAAGCCGACAAGGACAUGGAACGCCAUCUGAUCGGCUCGCUGGUAGACAGUUACGGCUUCCGACCGGGCGGCCUCGUGAAGAAGACCAUGAGCAUCACCAUCAACAACAUCUCGCACCACAUGGUCUCUUAUUACAACGUUGACGAUGUGAAGAACGGCAAACUGCUCGGUCCUCAGGCCGACCCGCGUCUACACGGCAUAUCGAUCAGACCGGAGCUGUACCUCAAGCAGAACUUCCGUUCACCUAUCGAGGAUGGCGAGCAUCUCGCGCUCGACGGCAGCAAUUCUGGUCACCCGCACAUGCUCUACUCGACGGCAGGAGGGCCUUACGCCGUGCGACCAGGUCAAUUCUUCCCCGGACAGCACUACCCGCAGUCGAUGUAUCAGAUGCCACAGCCUGGCGCCAACGCUUAUGGCCUUCCCAGCUCCGCGUGGCCCACCCAGCAAGGCGCACCGCCAGUCCAAUACGGAAGUCAUGCAGCUCAACAGCAAAACGGAGGAGCGAUCGCGCCGCAAGGGCAGCAAACCCCCAAGACUGAGGACGGGACGACGACAAGCUCCAACUCUAUGGCGAGCUCCAACUCAAUGUCGUACGCGAGUCAGUACGCACCUGCGUUCCCUUCCACAUACGGAUCGAUGAGCACGUCGCGGCCGGCCUACAGCAGCACCACGAUGCAGAGUCCAUCCUACAGCAGCACGGCCAUGCCGAGUCCGACAGCGCAGACGUAUGCAGGCUACGGCUCGUCAGCACAGCACUACCGGUAG